CGCGGGGCGUGAGUCUGGAGUGAGACCCGCCAGGCUCCAACUCCGCAGCGCCGGAGAGCGGCGGGCAGCAACUUUCUCCCGGUCGCGGCUGUGGCGGCGGGCGCUGCCGUGGCAGCCGGAGCGGGAGCCCAAAGGGGGAAGGCGGCGGCGGCUACUCCCGCCGGGUCGGGCUGUCCAGCCCUCCGAGACCGCCGGCCCGGAGCCUCAUCCCCCGGGAAGCCCCGGGCCCCUGCCCUAUGUCCCGCAAGGCGAGCGAGAAUGUGGAGUACACGCUGCGGAGCCUGAGCAGCCUCAUGGGCGAGCGGCGCAGGAAGCAGCAAGAGCCGGACGCGGCGAGCGGCGCCGGGGAGCGCAGCCUGCUGGCGGCCGCCGAGUCGAGCGCCAGCCUGCAGAGCGCGGGCGCGGGCGGCGGCGUCGGGGACCUGGAGCGCGCGGCGCGGCGGCAGUUCCAGCAGGACGAGACCCCCGCCUUCGUGUACGUGGUGGCCGUCUUCUCGGCGCUGGGCGGCUUCCUGUUCGGCUAUGACACCGGGGUGGUGUCGGGGGCCAUGCUGCUGCUCAAGCGGCAGCUCAGCCUGGACGCGCUCUGGCAGGAGCUGCUAGUGUCCAGCACGGUGGGGGCGGCCGCCGUCUCGGCGCUGGCCGGCGGGGCCCUCAACGGCGUCUUCGGCCGCCGCGCCGCCAUCCUCCUGGCCAGUGCCCUCUUCACCGCCGGCUCCGCAGUGCUGGCCGCCGCGAACAACAAGGAGACGCUGCUCGCCGGCCGCCUGGUCGUGGGACUUGGCAUCGGCAUUGCAUCUAUGACAGUGCCAGUGUACAUUGCAGAGGUCUCACCACCCAAUCUAAGAGGCCGACUAGUCACCAUUAACACCCUCUUCAUCACAGGAGGACAAUUCUUUGCAAGUGUUGUUGAUGGAGCCUUCAGUUAUCUCCAAAAGGAUGGAUGGAGGUACAUGUUGGGACUAGCAGCAAUUCCAGCAGUUAUACAGUUCUUUGGUUUUCUCUUCUUGCCUGAAAGUCCUCGAUGGCUAAUUCAGAAAGGACAGACUCAGAAGGCCCGUAGAAUUUUAUCUCAGAUGCGUGGUAACCAGACCAUUGAUGAGGAGUAUGACAGUAUCAGAAACAGCAUUGAAGAAGAGGAAAAGGAGGUUGGUUCAGCUGGACCUGUCAUCUGCAGAAUGCUGAGUUAUCCCCCAACUCGCCGAGCUUUAAUUGUGGGUUGUGGCCUACAAAUGUUCCAACAGCUCUCAGGCAUUAACACCAUCAUGUACUACAGUGCAACCAUCCUACAGAUGUCUGGUGUGGAAGAUGAUAGACUUGCAAUAUGGCUGGCUUCAGUUACAGCUUUUACAAACUUCAUUUUCACGCUGGUAGGAGUCUGGCUUGUUGAGAAAGUGGGCCGCAGAAAGCUUACCUUUGGUAGUUUAGCAGGUACUACUGUAGCACUCAUUAUUCUUGCUCUGGGAUUUCUGCUCUCAGCCCAGGUUUCUCCCCAUAUCACUUUCAAACCAAUAGCUCCAUCGAGUCAAAAUGCUACUUGUACAAGAUACAGUUACUGUAAUGAAUGUAUGUUGGAUCCAGACUGCGGUUUCUGCUACAAGCUGAACAAAUCAGCUGUCAUCGACUCUUCUUGUGUGCCUGUUAAUAAAGCAUCCACAAAUGAAGCAGCCUGGGGCAGGUGUGAAAAUGAAACCAAGUUCAAAACAGAAGAAGUAUUUUGGGCUUACAAUUUCUGCCCUACUCCAUACUCUUGGACUGCACUUCUGGGCCUUAUUUUAUAUCUUGUUUUCUUUGCACCUGGAAUGGGACCAAUGCCUUGGACUGUGAAUUCUGAAAUAUAUCCCCUUUGGGCAAGAAGUACAGGAAAUGCAUGUUCAUCUGGAAUAAACUGGAUUUUCAAUGUUCUGGUUUCACUGACAUUUUUACACACAGCAGAAUAUCUUACGUACUAUGGAGCUUUCUUCCUCUAUGCUGGAUUUGCAGCUGUGGGACUUCUUUUCAUCUACGGCUGUCUUCCUGAAACCAAGGGGAAAAAAUUAGAGGAAAUCGAAUCACUCUUUGACAACAGGCUAUGUACAUGUGGCGCUUCAGAUUCUGAUGAAGGAAGAUAUAUUGAAUACAUUCGGGUAAAGGGAAGUAACUAUCAUCUUUCUGAUAAUGAUGCUUCUGAUGUGGAAUAGUUUCCAGUUGCUGAUAUAUUUAGUUAUUUAAACAAAUGUGGGGGAGAACAGCAAUUGGUGACCUCACUGCCCUGCUUUUAAUCUGGUUCUUUCCACAGUCUCAUCCUGAAUGACUUCCUAUUCUAGAAUACUUGAUUAGGAGAUAAAUGCAACCCUGAUGACUUUUUUUUUUUUAACAAGCAAAAAUUUUAGAAAAAUUUAGAGAUUUUAAUCUAAUAAUUCUUCAGAAAAUGCAUAUAAUUCCUUCCUGAGAUAAUCUAUAAUGAUACUGUACCCAGUGACUUCAGUGGCCCCUUUUUCCCUAAGACCAUAUAUAAUUAUUAUUACUGACUCUGUUGAGUCAGUACUAAUCUAGCCAAAUUACCUAAGUACACUUUUAAAGAAUUCUGUGAAAUGGUCCAAUGACAUUUUAUGUCAAAAUAUGGCCUAUUGACCCUAAAUUUUCUUAAAAAGUAGUGACUUAUCUGUGAUCAGCUGUUAGUAAAGUCUAUUUAAAGUUUCAUCAAUGGAUUCAAACGUGUGUCUAGGAGGGCACAGCUGUCCUUAUCUCUUUUGGAUACCACAUUUUGAUUUCUCUCUCCAGAUACUCAGAGUUCUUCAGAGACUGACUCUACACAGGAUCUUUUGAGCGUAUCAAAAGCAGGCCUUUUUAAUGGUUAUUUUCAUACUUUUUUUUGCAUUAGUGAUAUUUGCACAGAUAAGCUAGCAAGUUUUGAUAAGUAUAUUUUAUUGUCAAAGAGUGAAAGAAAAGAUUUUUAUAGAUCCCUAAUUCAUUAAUCACUUAAGAAUGCAACUGUAAAUGCAAAUAGUGCAAGAUCUUUAACUGUAUUUCAGGGUCAGUUUUUGUUCGUGCCAAGCCCACAUCUUCAUUCAUUGGUUCUGAAUUCUACUCUUUUGUGCCUUCGUUAGUCUUAUAUAAAUAGCUGCUAGCAGACUAUUUUUCCCUUUCUUUUAAUCCAACAGUAAUUUCUGAGAUGAGAGAGGAAGGAAAUCAGUGGCAGAAAUAGUCCUGCUGUUAUUGAUGUUUAUUUAAUUAAAAUCAUGAGACUUAUUUUUUAACUUUUUAUUAACUCUUCCUAAGGUAAUUAUUGCAUUUAAUUGUGCUUGUCUCUUUUUUUUAACUCCAUAAACUAGUUUUUAUUUUGCACAUCUUUUCACAUUUUUCCUGACAAUUUACCAAGAAAAUACCAAGAGAUAUAGAUUUUUCUCUGUGUUUUGUUUCUCUUAUGCUUAGUUUGAAUUUCCUUUUUGUCUAAAAAUUGAGAUUUUUCUAUUGGAACAAAUUAAUGGUUCUAAUAUAUCACAUGUUGAAAUGUUGAGUACUGCAUUUCUACAAUGUCUUUUCAAAGUGUUCAUUAGUUUCUAUGUUAAUUGAUCACUGAACUCUAAAUUCUUACCCCUGUAUCAAGAACUAUUUAAGGGGAUUGGGGUUGUGGCUCAGUGGUAGAGUGUUCCCCUAGCAUGUGCAAGACCCUGGGUUCGAUUCUCAGCACCACAUAUAAAUAAAUAAAAUUUUUUUAAAAAUUACUUGCUCACAAAAUCACUUGCUGAUUCCACUAAAAAUAUGAAUGAAUCUUCUGUGGCCAGUUAGGAAUGCCAUAAGUUUUAUUGCAUUUUAAUAGUACAUCUA